GAUUGUAAUGUGUAAUCAGUUUAUUUUUUAUGCUAUCAUAAUAUGAUUAUAUAAUUAGUUGUCAUAAUUUUUUUCCACAUUAUGUUUAUGAAGAUAGUUGUUUACAGAAAUUUAUGUUUGAUUGCAUAAUUUGAUUAUUUUGUUUGUAACUACGUUGAAUGCAUAAUGAUUUAUCUGAUGUCGUUUGUUUAUGUAAACUGUAUUUUAGGUAUUUACUAUGGGUGAUAGUUCAUCAAGUUACAGAGCACCCUGGUUCUGUAGGGAAAUGAGUCGAGCAGACCAAGUUAUUAUGGCCAUACCAGAUGACGCUGCGUCUAAACUAUGGGGUGUUGACAAAGGCCCUACUAAUGUUAUGAUACACACUGAAGAUGGCAGUGUCUUUAAUGUUUUUUUAAGCGCUUCUAAAGGGAAGAUAUUUUUUUUAAUGGUUGGUCCAAUGUUGUAAUACACUUGGGACUAACCAAAGGGUGUUUGGUAGUUUUUAAUCCACUAGAUCCUACAACUUUUAAAUUAACAAGUUUCAUUGAUGGGGUUAGUCGUGGCUCUUUCUGGACAUAUAUGCUAUCUCCGUCAUGUAAUUUUUAUGACAUCCCUCAAAGUACUUUGCCCAAAAGUUACGAUUAUUCCUCAAAUGACGUAACCUCUACUGUAAUGAUAGACAACAAAACAUUUAACGUUUCUAUUGUAACAUACGACGGUAAAGUCGGUUUUACCGUUGGUAUGGACGUAAUUGUUAGUCUGUUUCAGUUGGAGGUUGGUUGUUUAUUGUUAUUUACUAAAGGUUUUGGUCAUUUUUUCUAUUUAAAAGUUUUUGGAAAAAACGGUGUUGAAAUCAAUUAUCCUGAUGUAGAUGCUGAUGAGGCUGAAGUUCCACCCUUAGAUGCUGAAAACGAACCUGAUGAACACAUAGAUGGUUGUGUUACAACGUUUGUUCGUAUGGCUGGUGAAGAUUAUUUUAGAAUCCCUGAUCCUGUUUCACGCAAGGCUAGACUUGAUGAAGGCUUAAAGGAUUUGAACAUAAGAUUUUUGCAUAUGGAUCCUCCACUGCAAAUUACCAACGGUACAAGACGUGAAAAAAAAUCCAACGGUCGUGGUUAUCGAUACGCUUUAACCUGUUGGAAGAAGUUCAUGAAAGCCGCUCGGAUUAAGAGAUGGAACAGGCUGCUGUCACACUUUUGAAUAAUGUUGAUCUUAAUGUUGAUGAUUACACCAUCAGAAUCCGCAUUGUCAGGCUAUGGACAAGACCUACUUUCAAUAAUCCUAGAAAGAUUUAUUGCUACGACAUGAUAUUCAUGGACCAGGAGGGUACGAAAAUGCAGGCCUUUGUUUUACAGAAAAACACUACUGGUUAUGAACAUUUGCUGAAAGAAAAUCAAUGUUUAACCAUUCGUAACCCUUCGAUGGGUGAAAAUCGUCAAAAAGUCAAAUAUGUUCAUACUUCGUUCAAGAUCAAUCUAAAUCCCAACACUACUGUCCAAGAAUGCAAUGAGCCUGUUGGUGCUGAAUGGGGAUUUGACUUUUCUCCAUUUGAUUCUAUUGUGGA